CUCAGUACAUUUCACCACUCUGUACAGUGAGAAUAUGUGGUUUUCUCAAUUCUAGUGCUGUUAAUGUAUUAUCAUAAUCCGAAAAAACGCAAACUUUAGUCUUUUUGAUUCUUUAGUAUUAGAGUUUUUAUGGAGUAUAAAUAAAUGUUUUAUUAUUGAAUAUAUAAAAUUCCUAAUUAAAAUGGCACAUUACGGAAAUAGCAGUUCUUAUCGUUAUGGAGGAGGAUCUUGUUCUCAUCAUAAUCCGUUAGUCACCAAUAUUGGGCGAAUUCAUACACCUUUACGAUAUGCCUCUCUUCUAUCAACGAUCUCUGAAUCACCGGCAAGUUUAUACCAUCAUCUCUCUCCAGGCAUUAUGUCAGGUCGACAUAAAGUAAACUCUUACUCUCAGUAUCAAGCUAAUCACGUCCGCCGUGACCACUUCGCAAUCCACUUGCAAUGUCAAUCCUUAAAAACUAAUGCAGCUCUUCAAAAUUAUUUCGAAAAACAUGAAAAAAGUGCCGGGGAACUUCUUAUGGAAAAAUUUUCCAUUAAAGACAAACAUCAAGUUUCAUCGAAAAUAAUAUCACAUACUUCAAAAUCCAAAUUAUUACCGAGGGGGCUGCGAGAUACAAUACAAAGACGAAUGACUCGAAAAUUAAUGAAAAAACGAUUGUCAUCAGAUAUUCAACUCAGUUACAUACCCAAACAUGAAUCAGCAAUUUCUCAAGUUCAGGCACAAUUACUUGAUAAUCUUGUUGCCGAAGAGCAGGCUAAAAUUAAUGAAGAAAAUACUUCUCUUUCAAUAGCUAAAAAUACAUUAGAAGAAAAUUUGUUGACGUCUAGUGAAUUUAAUCAAGUAGAUGAUAAACAUUCCUUCUCUUUAGAAAUUGAUGAUAAAUUAUUUAAGGAUAAUAACUUUAAUAAUAACAACAAAAAAACUGUCACAAAUUCGAUUUUAGAGACAAAGAUAGAGAAAAAUUUAGAAGAUUUAAAAAACAAUAGUAGAUUUCCACCGUUAUGUAUUUUAGUUCAAUCAAGAAACAAUCAGCAUACAGAUGAAUUAUCAAAUGAUCAUUCACGUAACAGUAGUUAUUUACAAAUAAAAGAAAAUUUGAUAUCAAAAACACAAUUACACGAACUACAAAGUACUUAUACCCAGCAACAAAAUACAAUUAAUAUUGAAACAGUGCAGUUAAAAAGUAACGUUUGCUGCUCAGAAGAUAUUGACACUUGCUCUAAAGAUAUCAUUGAAAGAAACAUUGAGGUCAAAAGUGGAAGGGGUUCAAACAAUCAACAAGGCAUUCAAGCUCAGUAUGAUCCACCGUUUGAAAAGUUCAUCCAAGCACAGCCAAAAAACAGGCAAGAAGAUUCAAGAUCACUAAUUGUGUCAAAAAAUUUGCAAAAUCUCGUUGAAGAUUAUAGCGGACAAUUGGAAAUUGAUAAAUGCCAGAAAACUGCUAAUAAGAUUUGUAAGUUUCCUUUACAGGAUAUUAAUCAAAUGAACUUGGAUGAAAUAAAAAGAAUAUCAACAAACAGUCAAUUUCUACUUCAACCUAGAACAUCAAAUAUUAAGGAUUAUGGUGAUUCAGAAGUUAUAGUCACAGUAAUUAAAAAUAAUAAUAAUAAUCAACAACCCAACUCGAUUGUUGAUAGUAUGUCAGUUUCUUCAAUAGAAAAAAUGAAUGCAGAACAAAAUGAGAUUUCAAAUUCGCGGAGAAUAUCUGAUUAUCAUAAUAUCUUAGAAAAAGAAAGUACUGUUGAUGCAAAUAUAGAUGAUUCAAAUAAAGAUUCAAAGAACAAUCAUACUCAACACAGUAUCAAGGAAUUAGAGUGUCAUACAUCGAUGACUUUGACUGGCAGUGAGCGAAUCACUAAUGUACUUGCAUUAGAAAAAAGUAGUGCUUCAAACCCUUUCGAAAAGUCAAUUCAUUUGAAAAAAAAUUCAUUAAUACUUGAAAAUUCCAAUUCAUUUUCUGGUCAAAGUUCUGCAGUGGUAAGUGAAAAUCAAUCAUCCAAAUGUGAUACUGUUUCAGCGACUGGAAAUUUAAUAAGUAAUGAUAAAUUAUCGAAAACUUCACGAGAAAAUUGUUUUGAAAAUGAAAAUCUUUAUACUUCAAGUUCACUGGAAAUUCAAGCUUCCCAAAAAAAAUCUGAGCUUCUUGUUGACAACAAAAAGUUCAAGAGCAUAUCGUCGAGCUCGAACAUUGAAAAGAUUGAAGAUAAAAAGGUUUGUUCUGAGAAUUCAGAUGAGCAUUUGAAUUCUUUGAUUAAGCGCAAUGUCAUGUUAACACCUACAUCAAAAUCCGGGGAAACAGAUAUUAAUGAUGACUUCGAUGCCAAAUUAAAGGUUGAUUCUAUUGAUGUCGAUGAAAAUAAGAAAAAAAAUGAAUUAAGUGACUUUCAGAUAGAAGAAAUAAUGGAAAAAAAUAAAACUUUAUUGAUAGAACGUGAUGUGGAAGAAAAACCGACAAAAAAUUUGAAAAUCAUGAGGUCAACUACAAAAAAAAUUAAGAAAAGUACAUCUGUCAAAAGGGAUCAAGAAAGUCUGGCUGAAAACGUAACUGAUAAGAAACUUGAUGAAGUUACUGUAUCAUCUUUGGCAAUUCUUGAAGAGUCACCAUUAUUAUCCCAAUUUGUGAAUGAAGAAAUCGAAACGGCUAACUAUGAUCUCAACACUCCAAUUUCAAAUAAUCAAGAGAGUAAUGAUAAAACUUCGUAUAAAGAUAAUACAUUCUUGAUAGAAUUUAUAGAAAUACAAGGUAGUUUAAAUAAUAGUAAUAAUGAAAUAGUAGAAUAUUUUGACAUUGCUAUCGAUAAGAAUUCAAAAAAUUUUUCAAAUAGUCAUCAAACGGCUGAACAGAAUAAAACUCCACGAUCACAAAAAAAAUCAACGCAUAAACCGUCAAAACAAAACGAGCUGAUUCAAAAAAACAUUGUAGCAGAUAAACUGAAAGAGAAAAAUGUAUCAAUACCAAAGAAUCGACCACUUGAUCUUAUAAAAAUGUUUUACAUAACUCCUGCAUCAUUAUUGACCGCAACUCCAAGGGAUUUGUCAACUGUUCGGCGAGCUAAAAUAAAAAAAAAAAAACAUGUCGGAUGUUCGUCAUCUACAAAUCAUAAUUGUACAGAAAGUGAUGAAAGUAUACAAAGCAUAGCAGAAAUGAAACAAAAAAGGAGAGAUUCAUCGAUUAGCAAUGAAAGGCCUAAUGAAAAAACCUCGUUUGAACGGAGUAAUUACUCAAGUCUUGAUGGCUCACCAACUUUACCAAACAAGAGAUUACGACUAGUCCAGGCUUGGCUCAGGCUCAGCGCAAAAUUGUAAGACUCUGGCUAAGGCCAGAGCUAAGGCUUGUAAACAAGCUUUGGCUCAGUCUUGGUAGCAGUC